UUUCCCAGGAAAUAACGUCGGGGACCUUUCACAUUUGCGUAUUAAUCAGACAGACCUGGGCAGUGUAAUUGUGGUCGACAUUAUCUGUCUGCUUUGUAUUUUGUAGCUGGUUACCACAAAACAAUCGACUAAUUGAUUUGGGAUCUCAGACAACAAGCAGUUGCCAUAGGUUACACGUUACGCAAUGAACGUGACAGUGACAGAGUGACUUCUUGCAGCUAAAACAAGCUAGCUGAGCUAGCUAGCUCGGCGUUGUCAGACAACUUUGGGAGAAGCAAGGAGCUCGACACAAGUGGGCUGUACAACUCUGAAGUAAGUGUCUGCGUGCCCAGCAGGACGGAUACAUUCUCAACUCGUUUUUCAACCCUUUUCCGGUACCUGAAAUGGCUUUGGUAACAGCGUUAAAGAGACUGGCUCACGUCAGGUUGCGAGAAUACUCUCGGAGGACGGCGGCAGCAACUUCGGGUGCCUGGCUGACGGGUCGGAGGAGUUUCACCACCGGCACACAGACUCUGAGGUCAGACAAUAAGGUGACAGUCCACUUCAUCAACAGAGACGGGGAGAAGAUCACAGUGAAGGGAUCACCUGGAGACUCACUGCUAGAUAUUGUCAUUAACGAAGACCUCGACUUUGACGGCUUUGGAGCGUGUGAGGGAACACUGGCGUGCUCCACAUGCCAUCUGAUCUUUGAUGAGGACGUCUACAAGAAGCUGGGGCCGGUCACAGACGAGGAGAUGGACAUGCUAGACUUAGCCUACGGCCUGACUGACACAUCUCGUCUUGGCUGCCAGAUCUGUCUGACAAAGAGCCUGGAGGGCAUGGUGGCCAGGGUUCCAGAGAGUGUAGCCGACAUCCGGCAGAGCAAAGACGAAUCUGCUUAACCGGGACCCCCCUCCCCGCUGUGGAGCGUGGGUAUAGACAGUGUGGUUGUGCCUGAACGAUGGUAGGUGUAAAUCUGUCAGUGUUGCUGUAUCUGGCUGGCUGCAACAGCACUGUUUCUCCUUUUUUUUAAAAAAAACUUCUAACUCAAAGACGACUAGAGCUAGCUCUAAGUAAAACCGUACUCAGUUUACAGGACAGCCUUUGAAACCAUUAGAGAAACUUGCAGCUGUAUAGUCAAUAACUAAAUAUUUAUGAGACAUAAACUCUACACUGAGACAGAUCUAUGAUAUCAUAUCUGUGUAAACUCUGGCCUGAUUUAAGGUUCAUCCGUUUUAAUCACUGUCAGAAAACGUUACACUUGUAUUUGACAUGUAGUGGACGGCAGCAACAGACUCUGGACUCUUGCUACCGUCCACAUCUGGUUUGUGGCUCUGCCCUCUGUUAUAAGUGUCUUUUCCUUUUCUUGUUACUAUGACUAAAUUUACAUGGUUGCUAAAAGACUUUUUAGCUCAGUGCAGCUCUGAUCUUCAUCCAAACAUUUGACAUUCAGACCCUUCUCUUUGUGUGUAAAUUCAGUCAUAACCCUGAACAAGGUGAAGGAAAAGACUGAAAUGUUUGUGAACCAUUAACAGUUCUGGAUGCCUUUGAGAUUGUGCUGAUACUAAUUCCCUCCACCCCCCAACAUAUAUGUUAUUUUACAAAAUAUGUAAACCCCCCCCCAUUGUUGGUUUGAUUAAAUCUGUCAUGUAACCAUAUAAUUUCAUCAUAUGAUUGUACAUAGCUAGAACACACAUAUAUCUGUGUAUAGUGAAAAAUAAUGUAAUAAAAAAAAAUCACCUUUCUAA